AUGGAGCGCUUCAGCACCCUGCUGGGAGGCGGCGGGAUGGGCCUUGGGGGCGCUGCCCCCGGCACAGACAACACCAAUCUCAUUGACAAUUCCGAGACGGUCUACAUCUCUUCUCUAGCCCUGCUAAAGAUGCUGCGUCACGGCCGCGCCGGCGUUCCCAUGGAGGUCAUGGGUCUGAUGCUGGGCGAGUUCGUCGAUGACUUCACCGUCAAAGUCAUGGACGUCUUUGCCAUGCCCCAGAGCGGUACGGGGGUCAGCGUCGAAGCCGUCGAUCCCGUAUUUCAAACCAAGAUGAUGGACAUGUUGCGGCAGACGGGACGGCCCGAGUCGGUCGUCGGCUGGUACCAUUCUCACCCCGGCUUUGGCUGCUGGCUAUCGUCGGUUGACAUUAACACCCAACAAUCGUUUGAGCAGCUGAACUCCCGCGCCGUGGCCGUCGUCAUCGAUCCCAUCCAAUCGGUCAAGGGCAAGGUCGUCAUCGAUGCGUUCCGCCUGAUCAACCCGCAGCUGUUGAUGAUGCGUCAGGAGCCGCGCCAGAGCACAAGCAACAUAGGCCACCUGAACAAGCCAUCGAUACAGGCCCUCAUCCAUGGACUGAACAGGCACUACUACUCCAUCGGCAUCAACUAUCGCAAGACGGCGCUGGAAGAGAACAUGCUGAUGAACCUGCACAAGCACGUCUGGACCGAAGCACUGCAGAUGGACGACUUCCGAUCAGAAGGCGAGAAGAACAAAGAGCGGCUGCAGAGAUUAGUCAGCCUAGCGGACGGCUACGAGAAGCGUGUCAAGGAGGAGACGGAGCUGAGUAAGGACCAGCUGAAGACUCGAUACGUCGGCAAGCUCGAUCCGAAAAAACAUUUGGAGGAUGUCGGCCAGGAGCUCAUUGAGGAUAACAUCGUGUCGGUGUCGCGGCAGAUGAUUGACAAGGAGGCGACGAUGCCGAAAAAGGAGGCCAGCACCAUCACCAACGCCGACCAGAUGGAUACGGAGGAGCUAUGA